AUGGCAUCAGACUCACAAUCCGUUAGACGCACUCGCGUCAGAUCCUUAAUCGCCCGCAUUUCCGAGAUGGAGGGGAUAGACCCGUCUAGACCCGAUGAAUACACGGGGGAGUCGCCAGAGCCCUUGUCGAUUCAACAGAUCGAAUUGAUUGAAAUAGUUAUCAAUCAACGAGCCGCUGUAGGGCGCAUCAUGGCAGAUAGUAACGGCGGCAAAUCAAUUGAUGAAGAGGAUGGAAACCAAAGCAGCUCAGCAGAAGAGGGCGCAAGCAGUGACCCCGAGGAUGAGUCCCUUAAUCAAAUGGCAGAAGGUUCAGAAUCCCUUUCUUGCAACAUUUGCGGCAAGGAUUUCAAAUCAAAGUCCACGCACCUGCAACAUGGGCGCGAGAAACACAUCGGAACUAAGUGUUACUGGCCUUCGUGCACUUUUAUUGCCAGCACAGAGAUGGAACUCAGCCGUCACCUUCAUAUUCAUCAGGGAGGGAACGGAGAAAGUUGCGAGUGGCCUAAGUGCGGAUCCUCGUUUGCGGUGAAGGAGUCACUCAUGCGACAUAUUCGUCGCCACAUUAUCAAAGAAAAAAGAGCAAAGAAGGAUUAG